AUGUGUUUUAUAUAUACUUCAGAUUAUAGGGUUUUGAUCAUGGCAACAUUUGUUAUUAAACACAAGUCCAGCGGUAAAUUUUUCCAUCCUUACAUGGGCCAUGCAAAUCCGGCCAACAAUACCCAGAUAGUUCUAUACGACGAAACACACGAAAGGAUGCAUUUUACAUUUGACCUUGUAGAUGGGCAAUGGGGUUACAUACAACACGUAACCAGUGGCAAAAUAAUACACCCUUAUGGCGGCAGUAUGCACCCAGGAAAUAAUACUGAUCUGGUCCUACAUCAGGAUCGUCAUGGAGGCGCCCUCUUUUGCAUCGAUAGUGCAAAUGACGUCAUAAUUCACAAAGGAGGAAAAUUCGCUCAUCCAAAAGGCGGCAGCCAUAACCCAGGAAAUCAAACUGUGGUAUGUCUCCAUCAGGAUCAACAUUAUGCGAUGAAGUUUGAAUGUGUAUCUCCGUACAAUACCAGCGAAGAAGUUCUAGUGUACGGUAAACCAACCUUAACUGGAAAGUGGAAAAUUGUCAAUAUGGUAAUUGAUCCGGCAGCAGAGCACAAGCAGACUAUCCAAUACAAAGUUGGAAAGUCCAGAACUGAAAGUAUUACCUCAUCUUUCUCGUUUAAAUGGGAAAUGACAGUAGGAGCAACAGCUGGUGUAAAUUAUUUGUUUGGAUCUGCAAGUGUUUCCUCGUCAAUGUCAACAUCUUUAUCAACUAUGUUCCAAAGAUCUUCUUCAGCAACAUGGUUGGACGAAACAACAGUUACACGAGAGAUAAAAGUUUUACCUGGAGAAACUGUAGUCACGUGGCAAUUUAUAUUUGCAUGUGAACAGCAUGGACACAGGGCCGAAUUUAAUAGCAACAUUCUAGCCGAUAGUCGCAGUCCAAAUGAUGUUCCUGGCGAAAUUGCUGGAGCAGGAUUUUAGAAGGAUAAAUUUUAGUUUUAAAGUUUAUGAUUUAUAUUAUUAUGUAUUUCUAAUCAUUGUUUUAAAAUAACUACAGAUUUAUUAUAGAUUCAAUUUUCAAAUACAUAUGAAUAAAUAUCUUUUUGAAUU